GACAGCAAUGUAAUAAUAGAUUUAAAAAUCUUGUAAGGGAUCAUACCUUAAUGGAGCAGUAUAUAGCUGGAAGUAGGACUGGAAAGAGAAGUAGAACUGGUGAGCGCUAUUUUGAAGAAUUUCGUUCUCGUUUUUGGGAGAGACCAGAAACACCAUUCGACAUAUUGCAUAAUGAAAACUCAUCCGCGAGAAGACGUCACCGUAACCGUACUCCACUGCCAACUUACGAAGUGCCAUCAAUUCUAAGUACGAGUCACCGUGAAUUCACCACCAAUCAAAGGAAUCGAUCCGCGUCUCCCACUCGAAGAAUUCCUAGUGAAAGGGAUGAGAAUAGUAAUCGAGAUAAUGUGACAUACGAAUCUUCAUCCGAGUUGAUAAAUAUUACUUCAGCUCUUAAUAUAUCCGUAUCACAAAAUGACAGUGAUUUUAGUAUGCCCGAUGUAGGAGGAG